AUGGCUGGAAAAGCAGACCUCGGCCACACAGGCAUCUCAGACAACAUAGUUGAGAGGCAGAUCUUUGUGCCUCAGCCCAAUAAUGCCUGGAGUUUCACACAGGGUCUAAUGUGUGGGCAGGCCAGUGUGGUGGUGGUGCUUCUAGUGUUUAUAAAGUUCUUUGUCUUUUCUGAAGCUCCUCCGUCUUCAGGCGCCGCAAAGCUGAAAAAGAAGGAUAUCAGUGGUGUCAUUGUCAAGCGAGAAGCCAAAAACACAGAUGAUGACGAUGGCGUGGAGAAUGGCGACUCGGCCAAGUUAGCUACAAUUCUCGAAAAAACAUACUACGAUGUGAAUAAUCACAAUCCUGAAUCUCUAGAUUGGUUCAAUGUGCUCAUUGCGCAAACAAUCUCGCAACUUCGUUGUGAAGCUUUGCUUUCAGACAACAUCUAUCAUUCACUCAACGACUUUUUGGAGACGCUGGAUCUUCCGGACUUUAUGGACAAGAUCACAUUAACGGAAAUCGAUAUAGGUGACGACUUCCCCAUAUUCUCCAAUUGUCGUAUUCAACAUAGUGCCGAUGGCACAGGCCGUUUAGAAGCAAAAAUAGAUGUUGAUCUAUCAGACACUUUAACUUUGGGCAUUGAAACUCGUCUCUUACUCAAUCAUCCAAGACCAUUAACUGCGGUUUUACCUGUGCAGCUUACCGUGUCGAUGGUUCGGUUUUCGGGCUGUUUGACUGUGUCUUUGGUCAAUACUAACGAUACUGAUUUUGUCGGCACGUCCAAAGAAGAGAAUUCAUCCGGUGGUGGAACGGCACUAAUGUUUUCUUUCUCGCCUGACUACCGCCUUGAAUUUUCAGUUAAAUCUCUUAUAGGCUCACGCACGAAGUUGCAAGAUGUGCCAAAAAUCUCAGACUUGGUUGAUAGCAAAUUGCGCAAUUGGUUUAGUGAUCGAUGCGUUGAGCCCAAAUUCCAAGUUGUGCGGCUUCCUUCCAUGUGGCCACGCAGCAAAAAUACGAGAGAACCUGUGGGUGCUGGGAAAACAGAAAAGGUAAAUGGCAAUGAGUAG